AUGGCCACACCAACAGUAGACCCAGAGCUGCAACCAAUCUGGAGUGAAGCCCUAGACAUCGGCACACCCAGCGACGUGAAUGCCCUCCGCGCCAUAUACACAUCCAUCUUCCGGCCGGAGACCAUCCCUCCCCCAGCAGCCGGCUCCAUCCAGCUACCCUCCCACACCGUCACAUCCGCCGACGGCACCCCGAUACAAGUCCUUCACUUCAGCCUGGAGCCCUCCUCAGCGGCAUCGGAAGCAACGACGCAACCACCAGCCCGCGCCGUCGUCUUCACCUUCGGCGGCGGCCUCGUCAUGGGCGACGCCCCCUCAAACACCACCUACGCCGGAAACAUGGCCGUCCAGACGCGCAGCCAGGUGUUCGUGCCCGCGUACCGGCUCGCACCCGAACACCCCGCCCCUGCGGCGCUGGAAGACGUCUACGCGACGCUGCGCUGGGUGCAGACGCACGCCGCGGACCUGGGCGUCGACCCGGCGCGCGUCGUCCUGUUCGGCAUCAGCGCCGGCGGCGGCAUCACAGCCGGCGUGUCCCUGAUGGCGCGCGACAGACGCAGCAGCAGCAGCAGCAGCGGUAGUGGUAGUUCAGAAGCAGAGCUCCCGCUGCCCGCCGGCGUGGCGCUGCGCUACCCGAUGCUAGACGACCGCACGACCGGGUCGCCCGACGAUCCGUCGCGGCGGUACCACGUGUGGAGCAGCUUGGCCAACGAGCUGGCCUGGACGGCGUACGCGGGCGGAAAGACGAGGGCGGAGAGGACGGAUGAAAACAUGUCCGUGUACGCGGCGCCGGGGCGGGCGGGGCUGGAUAGGCUGCGCGGCCUGCCGCCGACGUUUGUGGACGUCCCGGAGCUGGAUCUGUUCCGCGGCGAGGUCAUUACGUUCGCGGGAGCGCUCGCCCGGGCCGGAGUCGAGGUCGAGUUCCACCACUACCUCGGGUUGCCGCAUGGAGUCGAGGUAAUGGCGCCGGGGAUAAGCAAGGUUCUUGCCAUGAAUGAGAAUUUGUACCGUUUUAUACACCCUGGCGCCCUUGACGGCCUGAUCAUCCAAGAUCUUGGCGUACACCCUGCCAAACUCGGACGAAGGCACCGCGUCGUGCUCGGCGGCCUUGUGGUCGACCAACACCAGGAAGGCGAGGUAGACCUCGACGAAGCGCACGUUCGUGUCUGCGUUCUCUCGGCUGGCCGCCGUGGCCAUGGAAAAGAGCGGACCUUGGGUCAUGGCCGGCAGCGGGAAGAUGGCCAGGUCGCCCUGAGCCCCCGUGCAGAUGGUCCAGGUGCUGUUUGGGUGGUUCUGCUCCACCAGGUAGCCGAUGGUGUCGCGCUCUCCGGCCCGGACCCGAUCCACCACACCCUUGAUGCCCGUACCCGAUGUGACGUCGGCCACGACCGUGGUGAUGUUCUCGGCGGAUCCGAUGGCCUUGAUGAGCUUGUCAGCCGAGGCUUGGCUGCGAACCACGGCUAG